GGUAGUAGUGGUAGUGAGAUAACCGCUGUCCACAUCACACACACAAUAACUCAUACUAUGGAGAGAGCUGAUUUUGACAACGUUACACUAAAAGAUUUCCAGUGGCUAAACGAACCAAAACACUGGCACCUUGACAAGGAGACUUUGGAAGCCACCACGGACAACAGAACCGACUUUUGGCAAGGAACGUGGUAUAACUUCCACGUCAAUACUGGCCACGUCUUCGGCGUACGACUAAAAGAUGACUUCGAAUUUACAGUGCGUGUCGAAGCCGAUUUCACGACAUUGUAUGAUCAAGCUGGGCUAAUGAUUUAUUCAGAUGAAAAGCAUUGGCUGAAGGCUGGCAUCGAGUACAAUGACGGGCAGCCUAUGAUCGGUAGCGUAAUGACCAACGUAUUAUCCGAUUGGGCUACUGGAGUGUACCCUGGCAACCCUCGCAAAUUCUGGCUGCGGCUGACCCGGACGAAGGGUGUGGUUUGCGUCAAAUACUCCAUCGAUAACAUUACUUGGAUACUUUUGAGGUUAAGUCCGUUUGAGGCGGAGACGGUACUCGUGGGUCCUAUGUGUUGUAGCCCGCAAAGAGAGGGUUUGGUUGUGAAAUUCAGUGAUAUUAAGAUAGGCAAGCCUGCUGAUGAUAUUUUGCAUUCUAAUUGAUGUAGCCAGACCACGAUUUUGACAUUUCGGCUGUACCUGUCUCUUUUUCGCAGAAAACAAUGUUAACAUGAGUGUAUGAGAGAGGUACACGUAGUCGGAUUAUCGUUUCUUAUUUGUUUUGUUACUAUGAAUGUUAUUUAUCA